AACAAACUCAUGAAUACCCACGUGCUUCAUUCCGCCGCCGUUCACGCGCGUGCAAGCAGUCCGUUUCCUGUUCAAGAUGGCAGCCACCAUGAAGAAAGGAGUGGCAGCUGAAGAUGUCAAUGUAACAUUUGAGGACCAGCAAAAGAUCAACAAGUUUGCCAGGAAUACAAAUCGGAUGUCUGAACUUAAAGAUGAAAUUGAGGCCAAAAAGAAAUCUUUACAGAAUCUAGAGGAUGCCAGUGAUGACCUCAUGAUGUGUGAGGAUGAUGCAAUGCUGAUCCCGUAUCAGAUCGGAGACGUGUUCAUCAGUCACUCUCAAGAAGAGACGCAGGAAAUGCUGGAGGCAGGGAAGGAAGCUCUGCAGGAUGAGAUCAAAGCUCUGGAGGGUCGUGUGUCGUCCAUACAGGAGGUCCUUGGAGAUUUGAAGGUUCAAUUAUAUGCCAAGUUUGGAAACAACAUCAAUCUAGAGGCAGAUGAGAGCUGAGACCGCAAGCAUGUGGACUUGACCCCAUAGACUGUCAGUCUCCAAUGGGAAAUGGCAUUUCUACUCUGACAGCAAGUUGUCGCCCUGUUUACACCGGUGAUGCUUCUUGCAUUUCACAUGUCGUUAUGUUUAGUGAAUUAUUUGAGCUGUUGCAUGCAGGUGGUUUUGGGGCCGGCUGGAUGAAGCAUUCAGCAAGAGAGAAUGAGAGGCACUGAUGUAAAAAAUAA